AGUUAUCGAAAUUUCUCGGAAUAGGAGCAAAAUUGAAAACAAAAGAAUUCCUUGACAGUGUCAAAUCUAUGCAAACUUGGUUUCAGUUGUUUUUCUUGUUCAUUGUCAAUAGUUUUGUUAUUUUUUUUUCACAUAUUGAUAAAAAACAUAUAAAUAAAUAGUUAUCAAUAAAAAUAAAUUCAUGCCUUUUAAUAAAAGGCCUUUAUAUUUUUGCAUUGAAAGUCAAAUAUACAAUUUAUUUUCAUUGUGCAAACAAUUUCUUGACAAACUGUAUGUACAUUUUCUUUCACUGAAGUAAUAUUUUUGAUCGCCAUAGUAAAAAGGACACGAAGAAUUUAAACUAACCGUACUCACAAUAAGAAAAUGACGAAAACAAUAGAAGCAGACAGAGAAGGGCGAAAAGAAAAAGAAGCACUUAGUAAUACUUAUUUCCUUUGAUACCUUCCGUACUUCCGACUGGGAUUUUCAAGCUUACCGUUAUCUGAACAGAAGAACAACGGAAAAACUAUCUUGGUAUAAUCUGCAAAGUAAAACAAAAUGCAGAACAAAAUAAGUUUAAAAUUACUGCAGAUCAGUCAAAGUUCAGCAACGAUGGCACGUGUGCAAAACUGUGAGGAACAUACCCGGCAUACACUGUGGAUAUCAUACGAGACGGAGAAAUCUUUUAAAAUACUUUGGCAAGCCAGCUUAUAACAAUCAAUCUUCAAAAAUUGGAUUGUUGUACAAUAAUAAUAUUGUUAGGACCACCAACCGACUGAGAACGGAAUCAGCUCACAUAAACUUACUGCUACAACCCGAAAAAAAUUUUAACAAGGAGGCAGAAAGGAACGUUUUGUUGAGAAAAAUGACACUUCCUAGUGCGGCUCGCGUGUACACAGAUGUCAAUGCGCACAAACCGGAUGAAUAUUGGGACUAUGAAAAUUAUGUGGUUGAUUGGGGCAAUCAAGACGAUUAUCAGUUGGUCCGUAAAUUAGGCCGUGGAAAGUAUUCUGAGGUCUUCGAGGCCAUUAAUAUUACGACCACGGAAAAGUGCGUUGUUAAAAUUCUGAAACCUGUUAAAAAAAAGAAGAUAAAGCGUGAAAUCAAAAUUUUGGAGAACUUGCGUGGAGGAACUAAUAUAAUAACACUUUUAGCCGUUGUCAAGGACCCAGUUUCUCGAACACCAGCGUUGAUUUUUGAGCACGUCAACAACACAGAUUUCAAGCAACUUUACCAAACAUUAACUGAUUAUGAGAUUCGUUACUACUUGUUUGAGCUUCUUAAGGCACUUGACUACUGCCACAGCAUGGGAAUAAUGCAUCGUGAUGUAAAGCCCCACAAUGUUAUGAUAGAUCACGAAAAUCGAAAAUUGCGCCUUAUAGAUUGGGGACUUGCCGAAUUUUACCAUCCUGGUCAAGAAUAUAAUGUUCGUGUGGCUUCGAGAUACUUUAAAGGUCCCGAAUUACUGGUAGAUUACCAGAUGUAUGAUUACUCACUGGAUAUGUGGUCACUAGGUUGUAUGUUGGCGUCGAUGAUAUUCCGAAAAGAGCCAUUUUUCCACGGACAUGAUAACUAUGAUCAAUUGGUACGCAUUGCCAAGGUGCUGGGCACCGAAGAACUCUACGCAUAUUUGGAUAAAUACAAUAUUGACCUCGAUCCAAGAUUUCACGACAUUCUACAGCGUCACUCACGAAAGCGAUGGGAAAGAUUUGUCCAUUCUGACAACCAACAUCUAGUUUCUCCUGAAGCACUAGACUUUCUUGAUAAACUUUUACGCUAUGAUCACGUUGAUCGACUCACAGCUCGCGAAGCAAUGGCCCAUCCAUAUUUCUUACCUAUUGUCAAUGGUCAAAUGAAUCCCAAUAAUCAGCAAUAAGAAGUUUUUUCAUUUUGAUGAAUACUGUAAUUCGAGUUUGGGAUAGAAGCCAUUUAACAAUAUGAUAAUUAUGCAAAAAAAAAAUAUAAAAUCCGAAGAAAAAUAAAAUAACUUAAGCUACUGUCUUAAAAAUGACUUCAACUGUUCGUUAAGGGAUUAAACAGAGAAAUCGAAUAAAUUCCUCACAGUAUAACAUCU